AUGCAUAGAAAUAUGCCAGUAGAUUUGGUGUUAGUGCGGCACGGACAAUCCGAAGGAAACCUUGCUCAGCGUCUCUGUCGCCAGCAGCAGCAGCAGCAGCAGCAGCAGCAGCAGCAGCAGCAGCAGCAGCAGCAGCAGGGUUGUGAUAUUGUCUCUGGAUCACUUGCAGCCUCCCCCUCAGCAACCCCAACCCCAGCAGCAACAGCAGCAGCAUCAUCAUCAUCAUCAGCAGCAACAGGAGCAGCAGCAGCAGGAGCACCAGCAGCAGCAGCAGCAGCAGCAGCAGCAGCAGGAGCAGGAGGUGUCUCCUCUGUGUGGUCUAGCGAGUUUAGAUCGCGACACAAUUCUCUUUAUCGGCUGACUGACAGAGGCAGACGCCAAGCAGCAAUUGCUGGAGCCUGGAUAAGAAGCAAUGUAGGGACAGCAUUUGAUAAAUACUUCACCUCAGAAUAUGUUCGGUGUUAG